UUUACCUACAAAACUCCACCAAAGGUAAAGCCACAAUACAGCGCAGGUCAAAAUCCUCAUUCCUCAUUCAGCACACCACCACUCAACCGCCUCUUCUUCUUCUUCUUCCUCGCUUACCUCAUCUCAUGGCAGCCUCGCUCCUCCUCUCAAUUAAUGCUCUUAUUCAUUCUCAUUCCUCCUCCACCAACCUCCCUUGUAUCCCAUUCUAACCUUUCAACCCCACUUGCCUCUUUCCUCUCUUUCCCUUUCACGCAUUCAAUAAUCUCCCUUCUCUCGGUUUUCGUGCUCCAUUCUUGCUUUUUUUAUAGAUCUCCUUUCCCUUCUCUCCUCUCAUAGUUGCUCUCUGAGAUCUGGGUUUUGCUCCGUUCGGCUUCUCUUUUCUCCUGGCCGACAUUUUGUGGGUUUCUUCAGAUCUUGAGCUCAAAUGGGGAGCAAAUGGAAGAAGGCGAAGCUGGCUCUGGGUUUGAAUCUCUGUGUCUUUGUUCCCAGAACUUCAGACGACAUGGAUUCGCCUCCCGCCACGGAGGUUUCCGACAGGUUAUCUGAUGCUGCUCUGCUUUCGCCGGGAAAUUGGGACAUGGCUUCCUCGCGAUCGAGAUCAGCCGCGCCGGUGACUUCUUCGCACGCUUUAAAGCUGUCCAAAAGUGCGAGCAAAUCGUCCAAGCAAACCUGCUCAAUAUGCUUAACCAAAAUGAAGCAAGGAUGUGGGCAUGCUUUGUUCACUGCAGAAUGUUCGCAUUCCUUCCAUUUUCACUGCAUUGCUUCAAAUGUGAAACAUGGAAACAAAAUAUGUCCAGUGUGCCGAGCAAAGUGGAAGGAAAUACCGUUGCUGGAUCCCAGUUUGGAUCCUCUCCCAGGCCGAGUUUCACCGAAUAAUGCUUUCAUGGCAGUUGUCCAUGGCCUUCCUCGACCACCCCCUCGACGAGAUUUAAAUAGACGACAUGUUGUUCCACUUCAUCAGGCUCCUGAACCAGGUGUAUUUGAUGAUGAUGAAUCCUUAGAUCUCCAACAUAUAUGUUCUACUAAGAGUGUUUCUGAUACGGGUGCUGUCAAAACAAUAGAGAUUAAAACAUACCCUGAAGUGUCAGUUGCUCCACAGUCCAACUCUUAUUGUAACUUUAAUGUUUUGGUCCAUCUCAAGGCCACUGCUGUAGCAGCAGCCACCAGAACACAAAACCUGAGUAGAAAUCACGCUAGCUCAACACCGGUUUCUCAGACUCCACGUGCUCCUGUUGACCUAGUGACAGUGCUUGAUAUUAGCGGUAGCAUGGCUGGCACUAAGCUUGCACUACUAAAAAGAGCUAUGGGAUUUGUUAUCCAGAACUUGGGCUCAAAUGACCGGCUAUCGGUUAUUGCUUUCUCCUCCACAGCUCGCCGACUGUUUCCUCUGCGCAGAAUGUCUGACUCUGGGCGGCAACAAGCUCUGCAAGCUGUUAACUCAUUGGUUGCAAAUGGGGGUACAAACAUUGCUGAGGGCCUGAGAAAAGGUGCCAAGAUAAUGGAAGAACGAAGAGAAAAAAAUCCAGUUGCCAGCAUAAUACUGUUGUCUGAUGGGCAAGAUACUUACACUGUUGGCGGUUCUGGUACUAACCAACCACAACUGAACUACCAUUUGCUUUUGCCUAUGUCUAUCAGUAAUCGUGGCACUUCAGGAUUCCAAAUUCCUGUGCAUGCUUUUGGAUUUGGUGCAGAUCAUGAUGCCUCAUCAAUGCACUCUAUUUCAGAGAAUUCUGGAGGGACCUUUUCCUUCAUUGAGACUGAAUCUGUGAUACAGGAUGCAUUUGCACAGUGCAUUGGUGGACUUUUGAGCGUAGUGGUUCAGGAGCUGCAAGUCUCAAUUGAGUGCAUAGAUGCAAAUCUCAACCUUGUCUCGCUUAAGGCUGGAAGUUACCCAAACCGUGUGAUGGCUGGUGGACGCCAAGGAUUUAUUGAUGUUGGAGAUUUGUAUGCUGAUGAGGAGAGAGAUUUCCUAGUUUCAGUUAAUGUCCCUGCUGCUUCUGGCAAUGAAACAUCGUUAAUAAAGGUCAACUGUGUUUACAAGGAUCCAUUAACUCAGGAGACAACAAUAUCCGAAAGUGAAGAAGUAAAGUUGGAGAGGCCUGAAAAAGUUGGGCAAGUGGUUAAGUCGCUUGAAGUGGACAGACAGCAUAACAGGCUUCAAGCAGCUGAGGCGAUGGCCCAAGCACGAAGGGCGGCUGAACGCGGAGAUUUGACAGGUGCAGUGUCAAUCCUUGAAAACUGCAGAAAAAUGCUCUUAGAGUCUAUUUCAGCCAGAUCUCAGGAUCGCCUUUGUCUUGCACUGGAUGCUGAACUCAAGGAAAUGCAAGAGAGGAUGGUGAGUCGGCACGUGUACGAAGCAUCGGGGAGGGCAUAUAUUCUCUCUGGACUGAGUUCCCACUCUUGGCAAAGGGCAACAGCAAGAGGUGAUUCCACUGAUAGUUCAAGUCUUGUUCAAGCAUACCAGACCCCGUCGAUGGCUGAGAUGCUCACUCGAUCUCAAGCCUCGUUUCUAGGUAGUCCAUCAGGCCAGAGGCUUCUCCAACCAUUGUUGUCAUACAGGUCACAAACAAAGCCAAGGUAAUGGGAGGGAUGAACACACAGGAAUUUUGUGGGAGAGAUGAACACAAGAUUUAUAUGUGCUGUGAUUUUGUUGUUUAAUAUGUAUAAAUGAAUAAAAUUGAGAAAAGGGUGGAGGGUAAUAUUCAAGGGGAUAAAUGAGGAGUAGAUAGGAAUUCAGUACAUUAUGUUCCUUAAUUUCUUUCUUUCGUUCUUUCUUUCUUCUUUUUUUUUUGGGGGGGGGGGGAGAUGAUGGGGUGGAGGGUUCUGGGAGAAAUUCUUACAUAAAAUGCAUGGGCAAGCUAUACAAAGAGGAACCGCUGAAUGUUUGGAUUCACUGAACCACCAUGAUAAGGUGCCUCUAUAUUGACUUGUUGCACCAAGUGGUGGUGCCAAGGGUGGUGAAUGUUUGAAUUUCUCAGGGUCAAGCUUUGUUCUGGUCAUUGAUGUACUUGUCUUUUUGGGAGGGGUCUGUACAUACGGUGGAAUGUUUUUUCCCCGAGACCUGGGUAUAGAAGUUUGUAUUUGUGCAGAUGGUUGGGAUGAACUCAUGAGUAAAAUAUAUAAGUUUUCAAUCUUUUCACAA